CCCUCCUGCCAGGUAGACGUUAACGAGGGCCCUGGCUCCGCAUCCCGCCCGGCGCUUGUCGCACACACAGUAGGCACUUCAGUGUCGCCAGGACAGCCAAGCCAGCCUGCGGGGGGCGCGGCCUCCCUCCCCAGCGGGGAGGGCGGGAGCAGAGGCCAGGGCGCCCCCACCCGGACGCUCCUGGGGGAGGGGGCGCGGACGGGGAGGACUUAAAGCGGGGAGGGGGAAGGCGGAGGAGGAGAGCGCUCGAGGACCGCGAGUUGGAGUUCGAACAAUCCGUACCGGCCCAAGCAUGAAGCGCAAGCGAGAGGAAGGUCCCGAGGUUCAGUGGCUGCCCGAGGGCUUCUGCGAGGGCGAAGACAACCGCCCCCGGGCCGCGUCCCCGACCCGGAGCAGGAGCCGGAGCCGAAGCCGAAGCCGCAGCCGCAGCUCCAGCCCCAACCCGAGCGCCGGCCCCAGCCCCUCGGGGCAAUCCGAGCGGCCCCAGCUGCCCCCGAGCUCGCUCUUCAACCUGUCUCUCCUCAAGCUCCACUAUGGCCUCCGGCAGGUCGAGCCCAACCUCCGACACAUCGUGCUGGUGGUGAACACCCUGCGCCGGGUCCAGUCGUCCAUGGAUCUGCAAGCGGGCCCCCCGGAGCCCCCCGGCCCGGCCCCUCCUCAGCCGGCCGCCCCGGCCGCCCCGGCCACCCCGCCGGGCAGCCCGCGCUCCCGCCGCCGGGGCACCGGGAGUCGGUUCCCGGGCAUCAGCGACCCCCGCAGGGCGGCUACGGAAAAGCGCCCCAACGCCUGAGGCUCCGGCCGCCCGG